AACAAUGGAGAAAGAGUGGAAUCCAAACCAAAAACACUUCAACCCAAAACCUCAAUCCAAAACCCAAUUGGGAUGCAAUAGGACACUGAAAGGGAAUGAUAGAGGACACCGAGGACCAUUUGAAGGCUAUAGCAAAGGAGUCUUGGAGCAAGCAACCUCCUUCUUCUUUACCGGCUUCCCAGAGGACUAGAAGAUCAGUGAAAUGUGGCACGUGUUCAUCAGAAGUGAAGAACCAUAGGGAGCUAGAAGGGAAACUAAACCAGAUUAGAGUGGGGCAGCAUACAAUCCAGGCAAUCUUGGCUAGGAAGCAACAAGGUCAGGUAGAUCAAAUUCAAAAUUCCAAGCAAGUAUGGAAUGCAAAGAAACAUAACCUGAACUCGAGUGUGGAAAAGGAUGAAUGGUGUGGGUUAGAUGUUGAGGCUGACGAAGAGCACCAACCUAACACCAAUGGGAGGGAAUUUGUGUUGAUAUCUUGCCAUGAUGUAGAGGAACUAAAACAUUUAGCGGAGCAUGGAAGAGAAUGGCUAGCACAAUGGUUCUUAGAAGUCAGACCAUGGACCCCAAAAGAGGUGGCAGCAGAGCAUUUUAAAUGGUUGAGAUGCCAAGGAGUUCCUUUACAUAUAUGGAAGAGUAGCUUCUUUGAAAUAGUCAUGUGUUUGUUUAGGAAGUUCAUAUCAUUGGAUGGUAGCACAAUAAGGAAGAAAAGAUUGGAUGUUGCAAAAAUCUUAAUCUUGAUUGCCAUUCAGGAAAACAUCCAAAAGGUUCUUAAAGUGAAAGUUGGGGAUUCCAUAUUCCACAUUCGAGUGACUAAAGAGGCAGGGAUUGACAAUCUGUUCUCGCUAAAGUCAGAUUUCACUUUAUGUAGAGAUGAUGCCUCAAUCUUGAAAGAUUGGUCAGAAGAUUCAAAUGAAGGACUAUGUAAGGAUGAAGAAGACAUGGGAAAUUGGAGGAUAAUAAAGGACGACGAGGAGCUGGUGGCGUCCUCAUAUGUAGUAGAGCUUGUGCCUAAGAAAUUUGUUAUGUCGUCGAAAUCGAAAAAGGAAGUGGAACGAGUAUCAGAGACAACGGGCAUGUAUGAGAACUCAUUUAAUGCAAGAGUUCAAAAUUCAAAUUCAAUGGCGGUUGAUGGAAAGUUUGAGAGGAUUGAUGGAAUAGAAGCUGUGGAGAAAGAAGUAGAUUCAAUAGGAACUAAAAAAGAAGGAAAAUGACGGCUAGGGGCUGGGUCCUCUCAACUAUUAAGAAAAUCUAAGUCAAUGG